AUGGCAUUUUUCGUUUGUGGCCUGGGGAUCUCAGUGGUACAACCCCUGGGAUUAUCAUACUAUGAUGAUAAUGUCAAAUCCACGCAUGCGCCUUUGUAUCAUGGUACACUAUCUGCAGCAAGAGUGUUGGGGCCAUUUUUUGGCUAUGGCCUGGGGGCUUUGUGUCUGAGGCUUUAUGUCAAUCCUUGGGAUCCUCCUCCUGGAGUCACUUUGGAGGAUCCCAGAUGGCUCGGGGCCUGGUGGCUUGGUUACCUCAUUCUUGGAUCAUUAAUGAUUGUGAUUGGAGGAUGCUUAUUCAUAUUCCCAAGAAAGUUACCAACAAGACCAAGUAAGAAAAUCAAGGUUCCAGUAGAAGAGCCAGAAAAACCAGAACCUGUCAAGAAUGGAGGAAAUUCCACUUUGGAGAAUAAAGGAAAACCACAUUUUGAGAGUGAAGCAGCAGAAGAGGAUAUUCUUUCAGGAGCUCUGGAUCCAGGACCCACUGAAUUGCCUGCAUUAAAAGGGGAGAAAUAUUCCUGUGGCACUGAAAAGACUUGUGACCAACCAGGUGUGGCUGGAGUGUUGGUUAUGGUGAUUGGAAUGGUGGGCGCAGGCUUUUUCAUCAAGAAAUUCAGACCAAGUGCAAGAACUGUCACUGGGUAUCAUAUACUAGUGACAGCUUUCAAUAUUGUUGGGAUGUUUGGUGCCAUUGGUAUUGGGUGUUCUGGUCUGAAUCUGUUUGGCACAACAGAUUCAACUUCUGGACAAAUGCAGAUGCAUGCGCCUUGCAAUGCUCACUGCAGCUGUAGCACAGCUGAGUACAAUGUGGUCUGUAUGGAGCCAACCAAUGUACAUUUUUACAACCCUUGCUUUGGAGGAUGCACUGGACAACAGGUCAUCAGAAAACUAUCCCCAGACGGUAGCUUUGUCAACAAAACAGUCUACACAGGAUGCACUUGUGGUCAGGCAUCAAUGAAUUUCAGCACAUCUUUGCCAAUCAAUGCAACCUCAGAUCUGACAGCAGUUGUUCAAGGGUAUUGUAGUUCAGCCACAUGUUCCAAUUUUGCGAGUUACUUGGUCUUGAUAGGCAUCAUCAAGACAGUGACAUCUACUUCCAGAGUUGGAGGACUCAUGAUCACAAUAAGAUCUGUGGAAAAGAGGGACAAGUCCUUGGCAGUGGGAUUCUCUCUGGUCAUGUUUGCCAUUUUGGCUUUCAUCCCAACGCCAAUCUUGUAUGGUGCCAUUAUCGAUUCCACUUGCUUGAUAUGGAGGGAGACCAAGUGUGGGACCAAAGGAAAUUGUGCCUUCUAUGAUGCCAACAAGUUCAGAGUGGCUCUACAUGCCACUCCAGCAGUUAAGCCAUUCCGCCCGGUUGCUCACCAGCAACUGCUCUGUGCUUUUCUUCAAAGUUUUCUCUAUCCUGGUGAUUUAUACACAGAUAUAGUGACAUCAGGAAAAAUGGAGUUGACUGAUCAUUUAUCCAGAAGCAUCAGCAGUCCAGCAAAGCUCUACAAGACCCAAACUUCUCAGAAAAACUCAGUCAUCAUCAGGAAAUACAGUCAAGUCGAUCAGCCUCCUCAUCACCUUCUGGAACAAAAGUUCCAGGGAGAAUUUGUGCAACACGAAGGAGAGUCAAUUCAUCACCCAGAUCACAAAGACGAAGACACGCUUUGCGGAUUGGGAAACUGGAGACCCAAGGUCCUGCAAAAAUUUGCGAGUCCCUGGAGCUUCAUGGCUGCUUACUGCCUCACAAUCAUGCUCCAGGGCAUGUUCUUCACAUACUUUCUAGCCGUCAUAACUACGAUAGAGAAACAGUUCGACAUGAAAAGCAGCAUCACGGGCGUGGUGAUGGCGGGUAACGAAAUCAGCGAGAUAGUGUUCGCCAUUUUCAUCACGUAUUUUGGCGGGAAGGGGCAUAGACCGCAUUGGGUUUCCUGGGGGAUCUGGUGCACAAUUAUCGCCUGUCUCAUCAUGGCGUCGCCUCAGCUCUUUGAAACUGAACAAGAGAGCCCUUUGUACCGAUUACCAAACACAACUUCCUGCCGAGCCACGAGUCCCCUAAAGAUGUGCCUGGCACAAACGAAUUCAGCACUGCCGCCUGUUUGUCACUCAGAAGGGCACGGGUCCAUCAGAGGAAUGUUCAUGAUGUUCGCGUCAUUCUUUGUUUCCGGGCUCGGGGUAUCGGUUAUCCAGCCCCUGGGGCUGUCAUACUACGACGACAAUGUCCCGCCUGCCCAGGCCCCAUUGUUUCACGCAGUUCUGUCCGCGGCCCGGGUUCUGGGCCCGUUUUCCGGCUACAUGCUGGGUUCCGUGUGCCUCAGGUUCUACGUUUUCCCGGGCGGCAACCCUGGUGGGAUUCGCCUCGAGGACCCAAGAUGGGUUGGAGCUUGGUGGCUUGGGUUCGUCUUGAUCGGAGCAAGUCUGGUCUUGCCAGCAUGUCUUAUAUUUUUAUUCCCCAAGAAAAUCCCCAAGGCAAAUAAUGCGUAUCACUUCAAUGUGGAAAUGGCGAAGAAAGAGAUUGCAAAAUUGCAUGCAGGGAAUAUUUUGGUGCGGAGGAAGAUUCCAUCUGUGAUGAAGAGAGUGCUGACAAACAAACUGUUCAUGUUCCAUCUCAUUGCCCUGAAUUUUCAACUGCUGGCAAAUGUUGGGUUUUUCACUUUCUCUCCAAAAUAUCUGGAAUCACAAUUUAGAGUUUCUGCAGCCACAUCAAACCUCGCCAUUGGUGUGGCAGGCGUUCUAGUAAUGGCAGUGGGAAUGCUUGUCAUGGGGAUCAUCAUCAGGAUUUUCCGCCCAAGACCAAGAGUCCUAACAGGCUACCAUGUCCUAGUGACAGCUUUCUGCAUAUGUGGUCUUUAUGCUGCCAGUACCAUUGGGUGCACUGGGUUGAAGCAUUAUGGUGCUCAGCACCCAACCACCAACAUAUUAAAUAUGACAAGUGGUUGCAAUUCAAAUUGCAAAUGUUCAACAAAGGAUCACAAUGUGGUCUGCAUAGAGUCCACAGGGGUGCACUUUUACAGCCCAUGCUUUGCAGGAUGCACUGAUUCAAAGAAUGUGACCAAACCUGGGCCAGAUGGGACAUAUCUCAACAGAACAGUUUACACUGGUUGCAGUUGCGGGAUGGACGCUCUAGAAGACUACAAAAUAAAUCUCGAACCAGUUUUCGACUUGGAAUCCCUGACAGUGGCAUCAAAUGGAUUUUGCGACGAAGCCAAAUGUGCAAAUUUCAUAAACUACUUGAUGCUUUUGGCGCUGAUUAAAGUUGUAGCUUCAACAGCCAGGGUCGGGAAUCUCAUGAUUACUGUCAGGGCUGUUGAAAGAAGAGACAAGUCAAUAGCAGUUGGAAUGACUCUGGUCUUUUUUUCUCUCUGUGGGUUUAUACCUACUCCGAUAAUUUUCGGAGCCCUCAUAGAUUCCACGUGUUUGGUGUGGAGCACUAAUGACUGCGGUGAAGAGGGAAAUUGCACAUACUAUGACUCGGAAAAAUUCAGAAAAUACCUCCACAUGGCCUCAGCAAGUUUUAUGUGUGUUUCCCUUGUAUGUGACCUAAUGGUGUGGAUGAAUUCGGAACACCUGGAUUUGUACGAGAAACCGAGUGGAAUCGACAGUGAUUCGAACUCAAGCGAUGAUACAGUUGCCGAAGAAGAAACUUCGAAAAACCGUUACUGA